GCAGACUGCAGCGCCCCUGUUUGCGCCUGUUCCACUCGAGGAGCCAAAGGUGAGUCACCUGUUCCUGUUCCACUUGAGGGGAUGGAGGUAUGUCACUCACCAUUACAGUUUGAGCUAGUUGCCCAGAGGCUGCUCCAGCUGUCCCUGUUCCAGUUUAAGAUCAGGAGCUAGGCACCUAGGUGUGUUCCUGUUUUAGCUGGAGCAGAGUGCAGGUCUCUCACUCACCUGUCAGUCCUUCAAGCUGAGUGACCAGGGUGACAUCAUUCACUUGUUCUUUUUCCAGUUAGCGCCCCUGUCUGUGCCUGUUCCACACAAGGAACCAAAGGUGAGCGUGUAACAGUAUGCCAGUCACCUGUUCCUGUUCCACCUCAGGGCAUGGAGCUGAGAUUCUGAGAGUAUGUCAAUUAUUGCUCCUAUUCAAGGUGAGUGUAUAACAGUAUGCCAGUCACCUGGAAUGGAGGUAUGUCACUCACCAUUCCAGUUCAAGCUAGGCGCCCAGAGGUAUCAAUCGUUAUUUCCCUGUUCCAGCUGAGAUUCUGAGAGUUUGUCAAUCAACUUUUCCUGUUCUACCUGAGCAGCCAAAGCAUGUUAAUUAGGUGUUAUGGGUUACCUCUUUUCCAUCUCUGGCCCUAGAGAUUCACCGGGCGCAUGUUAUUGUUCCACCUAAGAGAAUGAAGGUUUCUCUGUGUCUGUUCCUGCUGCGAGCUUGGAAGCAUGUCAAUCACCGUAUGUUGCUGUUCUCAUUGUAGCCAAGAGGUUUACCAGCCACAUUUUUCUUUGCCAAGCAACCGGCAAACAAACUGCCAAAUGCUCAUGUUCAUCGCUGUUUCUGUUCCAGAUGAGCAACUGCAAGAACAUCAGCCACCUGUUCUUGUUCAAACCCAUCCAUCCAUCCAUCCAUCCAUCCAUCCAUCCAUCAUCCAUCCAUCCAUCCAUCCAUCCAUCCAUUUUCUUUGCCGCUUAUCCUCACGAGGGUCGCGGGAUUGCUGCAGCCUAUCCCAGCUAUCAACGGGCAGGAGGCGGGGUACACCCUGAAGUGGUUGCCAGCCAAUCGCAGAGCACAUUGAGACAUACAGCCGCACUCACAAUCACACCUAGGGGCAAUUUAGGGUAUCCAAUUAAUGUUGCGUGUUUUUGGGAUGUGGGAGGAUACCGGAGUGCUCGAAGGAAACCCACGCAGACACGGGGAGAACAUGCAAACUCCACACAGGCGGGGUCUGGAUUGAACCCAAGUCCUCAGAACUGUGAGGCCAACGCUUACCAGCUGAUCCUCUGUGCCGCCGUUCUUGUUCUAAUGUGUGAUGCAAAUACACAUUUUUCUUGCUUGCACAUGAUCUUGAUUGCUUUGUUCCAUGCAGAGGAUGGAUGGCUGCGUUAACCAGGUCAAAGUUCAAGCAGUACAGUUCUGUACUGUAUUAGUGCGCAGUGAGCUUUCCGAUGUCCGACAUUCCUUGAAAGCAGCGCAGCAUCCGCCAGGGGCCUGGAGGAGAGAGAGAGAGGCCCCGCCCCCUCCCGUUGCACUUGUCACAGGGUUCGCCCACGAAGGUGACGUCACACUCCCGCGUACGGACUGCUGGCUGGUCGAAAAGAGCUCCCGGUCGGACCCAGAAGAUUUAGUUUUUCCCCGACGCCGCAAUGUUGCCUUCAAGAAGAACUUUUGAGGCCGAAAAGCAGCAGCAGCAGCUGCUGCAGCUCAACGGCCGGCUUGCUCAGUACCUCACCCGGACGCAGCAACUGGAGCGAGAGAACGCGCGUCUCCUGGCCGAAAUCCGCCAGCUCAGGCAGGCCCAGGUGGCGGGGCGGGGGCCGCGCUACGAGGCCGAGGUGCGCGAGCUGAGGCGGACGACGGAGCGGGUGGCCAUGGAGAGGUCCCGCGCCGAGAUGGAGCGCCGGAGACUGUGCGGGGAGUUGGAGACGCUGCGCUCGCUGUGCGGCCAGCAGAGCGACGCCUGCCGGGACAUCGGCGGGGAGCUGCGGGGCCGGGAGGUGGAGCUCCGGGCGGCCCGGCAGGACAAUGCCUUGCUCCAGCGGCGUUUGGCUCAACUCCAGAAGGAGUACGCCUCCAUGGAGGAGUCGCACCGGCAGCAGAUGGGGCAGCUCAGGCGGCAGGUGGACUCUCAGGUUAACACCCAAGUGGUCUCGCAGAUUUACCGCGGGCCGCCCGCGGCCUCGAUGGAGGAGGUGCAGGAAUACGCCCACGGGAUGUCUGAGGGCUGGAUGCGAACCUUCGACAUGUACCAGCAGAAGGUGGAGGAGAUGGAGCGGGCCAUCCAGGAGGACCAGGUCAUGCUAGGCGACCUGCAGAGGGAGAAGAUGAUGCACAUUUCCGAGUUGGACAAAUUACGCACGGAUGCAGAGAAACAAGGGCAGCUCCAAAUGCGUCUGGAGGAGCAACUCCUUCACAUGCAGGAGAAAUUCAGUCGGGAUGUGGAUGAAUACCAGGUUAUCAUCAACCAGCUGGAACAAGAGAGGAACGCCAUGGCCGAGGGCAUCGCGCAGAAGGUGAAGGACCAUCAGCAUCUGCUGCGGGUCAAGAUGGACCUCGGCAUGGAGCUGGCGGCCUAUAGAGCGCUCUUGGAGGGCGAGAGAGUUGGGCUUCAAGAUGGUCACAGAAGGAUGAAUGAACACCAGAGGGAACGGUUCAUAGAUAUCAAGAGGCUCAGUCAACCCUACACUCCGAGAACUGCCACCGCAACCAGACAGCGUAUGGAUGUCAGGUUCACACCCUCAGUCUCUAACGUGAGAAGAUCUCCCACAGUUCGUCCAGGAUCUAAUAGUCCCUCCAGGGUUGUUCCAAUUUCACUUGUAAGCAGGGCUCAGCGUCAGAGUCCAGCCUCCAGAAGGGACAUGGUCUCAUUCACGAAAGCCCAGGCCACCACUUCAACCAUUGUUCCCAAGAAUGAAGAAGAAAUCCAGAGUGAGCGACACACCCCGAGGUCAGCACAGAAAUUUGAGAAAAUCGAAGAUGUCUCUAAGGAAGAGAACCGAUCUGGUUCCAUCAAGUCCUCUGCCGAGACCUCAUCAGAUAGAUUCCCGUCACCACCAAGGAGGAGCCACAACACAAGACAAGAGAUAGAGACCAGCAUGAAAGAAGAUGUCCCAGAUAUAGGAAAACAACGUGAAAGUGAGUCUAAAGAUGAAGGAAAAAGCAAGCCCAUGACUGUGUCAAGUGAGAGAGAGGCUUUAAAUAGUGUGUCUGUUGAGGAGAUCAUUGAGAAGGUGAUAAAACCGGCUGGUUUGGAAGCCAAGGUUUGCUCCUCUGGAGAAUCAAAGAUUACGUAUCACGUAGAGAAAACUGAACAGGGAGACGGCUCAAUGAAAACUCAAAUUGUGUUGCAGUCUAAGGUGGAGGAGGAAGUGGAUAUUUCAGAAGACUCCGCCCUGGAUCAGUUGCUGAGCCAAGGGGUGAAGAAGGUAUCCCUGGAGGACAUUGAUGAUACAGAGACAGGAAGCAUGAUCAGGAACCUUCUUAGUGGCCUGCAGGGUGAAGGGAGUCUGCAGAAUAGGUCUGUCAAUGUGGAGAUUAUUGAGGAGCCGGUGGAGUCUUACGAUGAAGACGUUAAUGAGAAGUCCAGAUCUUGUUUAAAUGAGCCCUCCACAUAUUUCCAAAUUGAGGAGAUGGAAGAAGACCAAGCUGGCCAAGUUGAAAAGUACAGUGAUGACGCCAUGAAAAUGUCCCAAUGUGGAUCUUUUCAGGUUCAGGAGGAGAGUGAGUCUUUAUAUUUUACCCAUGACCAAGAGCCCGUUGAUUAUUUUGUCUCCACACCAGAUGAUAAUCUCUCAGAACCUGAGGAGGGUUGCGGCAUAACCUCAUACGGUCAUUAUGGGAGGGUGGACGACUUGUCUGAUGAGAGGUAUUAUCAAGAUGACAGACUCCCAGAAACCGGAACCGUCCUUGAGGAAAAUGAAUACAGGUUUAUGUCAGAUCGGGCCUUUCUUAAAGAGAGCAUUCCUGAGUGCAUCAUUGAAGAGGAGAUCCGUGUUUCCCCCAUAGUGCAGGAGUCGAUGCUCGAGUUACUGCGAGAGGACUCAUUGGAGCCCAAAGAGCAGCUGAGAGGAGCUUUGGAAAAAUUACAAGACUCUGUAUCAGGCCCACUGCGGGAGGAGUUGGCUUUCCUCACUAAAGUAAGCAGUGAAAGUCCGCAAAACGUGGCGGUCGACAUAAAGAAAGUGCAGCAGUCAAGUGACAGCGGAACCACCACCAUUGUUGCGGAGCUGAACGUCUCUCAAACACUGGAGGACUCUGGGUUGCUGGACGACGACGACUUAUCGGAGGAGCAGAUCAUGGCUGCGCUGAGGUCUUCCAACUUGGGGAGUGCCUUGGAGGGAAGAGCCGGAGAAGGAUACAGCUUCACGAUCUCCAAAGAACAGCGUGUCUUGCUCGGUGAGGACUUGGACUUUGCGAGGGAAGGCGAGUCUUCGUCCCUUGUCACCGAGAGGCAUAUCGAACUGGGGCCGUCUGAGAGGUCGCUUGUGAUUCAGAUGGAGGCACACGGCACCCAUACUGACACCAGCUCAGAUCAGGAGUGAAUGAAACGAUGUCAUGGGGAAUUUAAGUCCUUCGGAUGGUCGAGAAUAUAAAUUUUUACCAAAGAACGCAUUAAUUGCAACUGCAAGGGUAGCUCGACCUCUUAGUGCUAGUUGCAGGCACUACAGGUCUUUGAACGAUAGUACGUGUGUAGGAAUUUGACUUCUAUCCAUUGUUACCACGUGGAGGUAUUUUAAUCAGGAGUCACAGUUCGAGGAUAAUCGAUUUUACAGUGUUUCAAGGAUUAUUUGUGUAGUUUCAAACUAAGAAUUCAAUCGCAUUUAAAGACAAAAUGACCUGAGUGGUAGCUGAGAUCAAAGCAUCAAAUUGGUAGAUGCAUUGAUUUUAUUUGUUGCUAAGAUCUUCUCCGGUUAAGAUCCCAUAGAUUAGAUUAAAAAUACAUAAAAAGUGAGGUAAUUUCUCCUCUCACUGCGGAUCAGUGAUUGAUUUGUGAGCACUCUAGGCCGUCAAUCAAAAAAACAAUGAGGGCGAAAUUAGGUCAAAUUGAGCACUUAAUUGCUUGCAAACAAAUACUUGCGUCCCAGGAGCGUCUGCCCAAGUAUGUAUUUUUUGUGAGCUGGUUCUUUCCCAAAAUAUUUUUGUGCGUAAGUUUGGGUAUGUGUCUGCCGCAUGCGCCACAUUCACAGAUCAGCACACUAAUUGACAAGUGUGAUUUGGCAGCUUGCUUAUAAAGUGCUCCCUCUAUGAGUGAAAGGACAAGUCACGGUUUUACCGUCUUUACUUUUAAACUCACAGCUCAACAAGUAGCCACUCGCUGACUCUACUCUUUGCCAAUUGAUGGACCCGCGUGACCACUGGCAGGAUAACGGACCUUUCCGACUGGCAAUCUUAAGCCCCGCGCCCCGCUUAGCUACAGUUGCCAUGUCCUACAAGCUUCCAAAAUGGGGACUGAACAGAACAGGUUUGAAGUCGAUUCUCUAUAGCGUAUUCCAGACAAUAUCUCUGUAUGCUGUUUGCUAAAUGUGUCAGACUUGUCCAAGAGAAUUCUAUAGAGAGGUCUCAACUAUUUCACGCAAGGAUAUGUACACGGAAUUAAUAUUUUGGACGGAGCAGGACUCAAUCUCAGAGUUACAGGGAAACGUUGGCGAUCGAUGCAAAAAAAGUUUGACGCCUCACAAACGUAAAUAAAAAAAUAAAAUAGUGGAAUCGUACUGCGCAUGCUAAACAGGGUGAUUAAUUUUUUUACUUGGAAAGAUCACGAGUAAUAUCAUUGUAGUCUUUAUAAGUGAGUGGGUGUAUUCAUUUGACUUAUCUCGGAAUGGAACCCAGUCCUCUGUCUUAAAAGUCCGAUGCAAUACAAAUGGGCAAAUAGACAUUUCUCUUGCAUGACAUCGCGCAUUUGCGUAUCACGAACCCGACUCUUUGGCAUAAAACGUGACACACUUCAUUCAGCAGGUCAGUGAUGCACUAACAAAGUGAGAGUUGUUCUCCUGCAAUGUAUAAAGCACUGAUAAUAAUUCAAUCAAACGCAGAGAAGAUACUUCCCUCUCACUUGCCUUCGAACAUGCAUGCAGCCUUGUGUUUGUGAGAUUGUUCACAUUUAGUUGUACGUGCGCUCUUCCACAAGCCUUAAUCCAUCGUAGACACUCGGUCAACUGUGUUUUAGGCUUUGGAAAAUGAAUCAACCGGGCCCCUUCUUUCAUCAGAAUUACACGUUCCUCAAACGCAUCUGAGGACCAUUUUCUUCGUAACAUUAACUUUUCCAAGCGCAUGCUACUGACAACCAGUGCUGCUUGUGAGACAACAUGGCGGCAGGGGCAUGUCAAGCCAGGGGUUAAGACAAUGCGGCUAUCUGAUUGUUAUUAUUGUACGAGUGAUUGACAGGUCGGAAAGGUCCAUUUUAGCGGGGCUCGUGAUAAAGGGUUUUAAGUGUAAUAUUAAGUGUAACAUUACACUUUGAUUGGGGUAUUUUGGAAAAGCACGUCAUAAAGGCAAUAUUAAUACCCCUGGAACUGUCUUAUAUUGUGAAAUAAAUACUGAAAUGCAUAAUAUGGCUUCUUUGAGACCGAACGCAUGUGUUGUAUAAGACACCUGGAACUGUCUUAAAUUGUGAAAGAAAUACUGUCAUGUAGUAUGGCUCCUUUAACAGUGAACGCAUGUGUUGUAUAUCACUACACUGGUUACCACAUAGAUAAAAUAUAUCGACUAAUCCAAAUAUUUUCUCAGAAUGGUAUUUACAAUUUUUUUUUUACAGUAGUUAAAAGUAAUGGUGUAUAUUUCUGGUGGUGGUAAAAAGAACUACAAAACACAGAGUUGAUAUGUGUCUGUUUGCUUUUGUUUGUCACUAUUUCUAUCCUAACCUUUUGCCGUGCAGGUUUAAAAUGUUAGUUGUGCCGUGCACAGCACUCAGUCACUCAUGUUUCACAGUGUUGUGUGUCGGGUUGUAUGAGUUGGGGCGAGGGGGGUGGUAUUGUAGGUUUGGGGAUGAUGAUAUGAUUACAUAGCAGGGGAUGGAACCGUUUUCCGUUGUUUUGUUUUCAUCAAGAAAUGUGACUCAUUCAGAAUGGGGGGGGGAAAUAACAUCGCAAUGCCAUUAAGAGGAAAUGGCGGUGGUGUCUGGACACUGUUCACUCGAAACGGCGAUCUGUCGCUGGCUGGAAGGAUGCUUACAUAAGGGAGUGUGUUCAUUACAGCUAACUAUUUUUGUAUCAGCUUAGCAGCACUGACAAGGUUCACAAGGUUUUGUUGUUGUGGACACUUCGAAAGGUCAGGAAGUGGCCCAGAAAUUCGAUAUUUCCUGUGUGUUUGAUGUUUUUAAAUUGACAAAAGCAGCAUAUUUGAACAUGAACUUGAAUCAGAGCUUUAAAAUGGUUACACGGUUAAGGAUUGUUUAUUGGUGUCCUUCAUACCAUUUCAACGUCACGAAAAUCCACUUUUAAGGGCUGUUUAACAAUCCCAUUUUAACAAGUUCAUGCAUGUAUCAUAUAAAUGUAACUAUGACUAAUGUUCCCUUUGGUGACUAAAGUCAUUGUUUACUGAAUCCACAUUU